UGGGGAGGUCUGCAAGAGAAUGGCACAGAAGAUCUUGAAUGAGGACAUUGUCAGCUCGGAUCUGCAGCUCCGGCACUUUAGAUACUUCUCUUACCAGGAGGCUGAGGGGCCCCGAGAGGCUUGCAGUCAGCUUCAUCAUCUUUGCUGUCAGUGGCUGAAACCCGAUCAACAUACAAAGGCUCAGAUCCUGGACCUGGUGAUCCUGGAGCAGUUUCUCAGUAUCCUCCCACCUGAGAUGUUGACCUGGGUGAGAGAAUGUGGAGCAAAGACCAGUUCCCAAGUGGUGGCCCUGGCAGAAGGCUUCCUCCUGAGUCAGGCAGAGGUCACGAAGGAGGAAGAAGAGAAGGUCUCAGAUCUUUCUAAGGAUCUGCAGAUUGAUUUCCCUGUGACUAAGAAGGCUUCAGCAGAUUCCAGACAGAGUUUCCUCUGGAGGGGGUUCAAGCAGGAUGUUGACAGAGAUGCCGUCAUGCAAGGCAAGGAUUGAAGCCGGCAGCCGGUUUGCAUAUCAGCCUGCUCAUCCUGUCUGAAGUAUGGAUGAGUUACUUGUAUUGCUAUCUCCCCUCCACCAGUCUUUUCCAGGGCUAAACAUUACAUUUUAAUUACCAGUGCUUGAAGACUUAAAACAUGGAAUCCAGUCCUUCGAUCCACACCCAGAAGGUGAAAUUAGCAGAGAAGCAGCUUCACCCCAUAGAAGCAGAGAAGGUCUAAAGCACAAACUAAGCUUAAGACAGCCCUAUGUCUUGAAAUUCGCUCCUAUCUUCUUUACCUCCAUGUUUCCCCGAAAAUAAGACAUGAUGUCAUUCCUGCGUGUCAGUCAGAGGAUAGAGGCGGAGUCAGAAUGACAGUUAGAGAGCGAGAAGAGACAGUUAAAGGACAGUUGGAAUGAGAUAGGGAUAGAGAGAGUUAGGGACCAGAAGUUAUUGAGAGAGUGCUAGGGUUUAGGAAUAGAUUAGAGGGCUUAGUAAAGAGAAUUGAACAGUUUACAUCAUAUGGAACAAGCAGGAAUGAACAUAUAAGCUUAACAGGAGAAGUAGUGAUUUAAAGCAUGACGUAGUUCUGAAUACAAGUGAUUA